UUUGUUUUACUUCCUCUAUGGUAAAAAAAUUACCACCUGUUUGUUUUUGUUAUGAUUUGUAAUAUUGAAAUAUUGUGAGAUUGUGAGCCAGCACAUAGAGAAAAUAAAGAAAUCAGUAUACAUCGUAUACAUCAGCGAAAUUGGCUUAUUUAAAACCUUGGUUAUGGUUAAAUACACCCGUACCUCUGACCGAAAAUAAUACAAGACUACAUUGAAUGCGUUUUGGAAUCUCGUAAUUAAUUUUACAAAUUUUUCCCUGUGAAGAUAAGAUAAAUAAACUGUCGGAUGCCUUAAGAUAGUUUACAUCGUCUUUUCAUCAUGCCUAAAUGUAAAAAUAAAUUAAGAAUUGGACGAGAGCAUAAUCAGCACCUGCAAAAGUUUAGUAUAGCAGUAUGGGUGGAGCACAAAGUAAAGGCGCGUGGGCGCACAAAACUAACUCUGUGUGGUCCAGUACCCAUCUGUAUGGAGCAGGCCAGUACGCUGGCGGACCUGCGGCGCGCGGCUGAGGCGCGCCUGGGCCUGCCCGCGCCGCUGCAGCGCUGGGUCGUCGACCGCGCGCUCUGCGCCCACGACACUGACACAAUAAUAAAAAUUGCUGGAGACAAUAUUGAUAAACCAUUUUACCUGAGUUUAGAUGAACCUGAGUCAAGGAAUAAAGAGCCCAGCGUCGGCAGGCCGACAGAGCCUACCCAGCCGGCAUUACCAGCCCGCCCAGAGGCUCCUGUUAACCUGGAGCCUCAGGUCAUCCAGCUGCCCCCGGCUAGCCAGCAGCAGCCCUCGACCAGCCUGCCAUCCCCGAGCAGCGCGCCGCCCCCGGCCAGCCCGCCUCCCCCGACGUCCGUGUACGCUGCGCUGGUGCUGGCGGAGCAGCAGGCGCUGACGCCGAGUCCGUGCGCGUUCGAGUGCGGCGUGUGCGUGGAGCGCGUGGAGGGCGCGGCGGGCGUGCUGCUGCACGAGUGCGGCCACGCCUUCUGCCGCGCGUGCCUGGCCGCGGUGGCGGAGCACUGCGCCGAGGCGGCCGCGCCGUGCCCCGAGCCGGGCUGCGCGGGCGCGCUCACGGCCCGCGAGGAGCGCGCGCUGCUGAGCGCCGAGCAGUGGGAGCGCCGCCUGGCCCGCAGCCUCGCCGCGGCCGAGAGCUCUGCGCCGCACUCCUUCCACUGCCGCACCCGGGACUGCGCCGGCUGGGCGCUGUGCGAGCCGCCCGUCGCGCGCUUCCACUGCCCCGUCUGCCAGCGAGUCAACUGCCUGCCUUGCCAGGCAAUCCAUGAGGGUGUCUCCUGUGAGGACUACCAACUACAAAGCCGACUGGCCCAGGCCGCCGGCACCGACACCGCAGACGAACAGCGCACUAGGAAAAUGCUUUUAGACCUCAUUGCCAAGGGUAAAGCAAUGUUGUGUCCACAGUGCAAUGUAGUCAUAACUAAAAUUUCUGGCUGUGAUGGGAUAGUUUGCACGGCGUGCAAGACGGAGAUCUGCUGGGUGACGCGGGGGCGGCGCUGGGGGCCCCGCGGCCACGGCGACAUCAGUGGCGGCUGCCGGUGUAGGGUCGGCGGCAAGCGCUGCCACCCUUCUUGCAGAAACUGUCAUUAGUAAAGAACUAAAAAUUUAUAAAAUUGUAAAAACUGUUGAUCUGAGAUCAAUUAAUAUCUGAUGGCAUUGUAUUCUCAACA